AUGUUAUUAUCACUAAUUACACUUUCAUUGUUUCCAAUUGUGUAUUGCUCAGAGCCGAUUGAGACAUUCGAUCAUCGUUCAUUCGCCAAUAUACCGUCAUAUCGACGUCUACAUGGAAUACGAAGAUUAAAGGUAAUUCAUCCUAUACAAACUUCAUCUGAAGAUCUCGAACCAGUUAAUGUUCGACGUCAACAAGCAUAUCGUGAGAACAUCAGACAAUUCCCGCCAUAUGUACCAAGAGCUCAAGUUCCUCCAGCUUUUUACAAUCGCGUUCCUCAACAUGUAGCUUCAUCUGCUAUAGCUUCAUCUUCAUAUGAAAGGGAUAGUUAUGAAAUUCAUGAUCAUCACGUUGCUCACCCUGUCUUGCCAUUGUCUGCAGAAGAAGAGGAAGAUCGUAAAAAGCGAUUGGAGGCUCGAUGGAAAAAACUGGGAAUCAACUUCAAGACAAUCAGCUAUCCUUACGCCGUCCCUCAUAACUCUGCUGUAACGGAUGAUUCUGAAUCCGUCGAAGUUGACGACGAUGAAGAAGAUUAUGCUAGUGGAGGCAGCGGAUUAAUAACAAAGAAAACAAAUGAGAAGAGAAAUUUCGCGAACGUUGCGUCAUCAGCUGAUACACGUAAAACUGUAUCUUAUGAAGAUAAAGACACCGUUCAAGUUCCAAUAAGCUCUAACCAAAGAUCGAGGAUUCAAGGACCACUUCUUCGUCCUGUUGAGGAAGAAAGAGAACAUUCAGCUUUCAAUAGCUUCCAUCAACGUUCUCCUUCACCUUCUUCACCUCAACUUGUUCUCCCUGCUAUUGCUUCAAAUGCCGGAGAUUAUCAUUCACGUACUACUCCCGUAUAUAAAAGCUAUCAAUUCACUCAAAAAUUAAGUCAAAGACCCAGAUUACGAAUCCGUCGUCCCGGUGAGAAGAUUGCAUCGGAAGAGCAGGUUCCAGAGGAUCCCAAUAUGACUCCCUUCGAAAAUAAUGCCAGAAGCAAAUUCGGAUUCGGCGUUCAGUCCGGUUUUGGAUCACAGCCAACACCUACUUUCGCCCCAACAACAAAGAGAACAACGACCACUCGUAAGCCUACAACAAGAAGAGUUAUAACAACAACUACUACUACUACAACAGAAGCUCCUGUUGAAGAAUCCGGAUUAGAUACCGGAGAUUCUGGUGCUGGAUUAGGCUUUGGGCCAUCAGAAUUACCUCCAGAGUUUGCUAAUGUUGGCUUCGGAAUCGGAGGAGGAAAUGGAAACUCUCUAAACUUCCCUACUGACGUAGAAGCUGAAAAACAAUCUAAACGCCCAAGGCAGAGAAAACAACCUAAUCCUGAAGCCGCGAAAGAGGAUGUUUUCAUUCCACAGAACUCAGGCCUUAGACCAGUUGCCCCACCUAAAGAAUUCUUGGAAUCAGGAGGAGGAUUCGGCUCAGGCUCAGGCGGAGGAAGCUUCGGACGCCUUGGCGGUGGUAGUGGAUUCGGUGGAGGAGGUAGCGGAUUCGGAGGAGGCGGAAGUGGAUUCGGAGGAGGUGGAAGUGGAUAUGGUUCAGGUUCUGGAAGCGGUUUCGGAGGAAGCUCCGGUUCAGCUGGUGGCGAACAAGGAUUCAACGAGGGAGACUACUUCACCGGUGAAAGUGCUCUUGGACCUUCUAAAGGACCAACCGGAGAUGGCUACGGACCUCCAGUAUUCCCAGGAGGUAAUGCUCCACCACCAGUUCCUUCUGUAGGACUAGGUGGAGCAGCUGCUGGAAAGAGCCCAUACGGACCUGCUGUUCUCGAGGCUACAGAGAAUCCACCAACCACAGUGAAACCAUCAGCUUUAUUGAAUGUUCUAAAUAAAGCAGAUGAAGGAUUUAAUCAAGCUAUUACUCAUUUCGAAAGAGGAACUCCAGUGGAAACAGUAAUGGUCGACAUUAUGGAAGUUGCCCUUGGAUCUCAAAAACUUGAUUCACAAGCCAAGUUGUUAGGACAUGUGGAUCGUACAAUCGGAUUGGAUAAUCUUCAAAGAAUUCAACGUUGGGCAAAUACUGCUGGAGCUUUAGACUUAUUCAAAGAACAGUUUGUGAAGUUUGCCCGUAACUUCGAGCCUCCAAAAGAUUUAUUGCCAACAAUAGCUCCAGAAUUAGAAUAUCUGUUUAAGCCAAGUGGCAAGCGAUAA